GCGCACGGCAGUGGGGGGAGCGGCAUCCGGUGCGGUGUCGGGCGGUGUGUCGGUGCGGAGUGACCAUGACCGCGCACAGCUUCGCGUUGCCACUCGUCCUCUUUUCCAUCUUCUGGGGCCUCGUGGGCAUCGCAGGCCCCUUGUUCGUGCCCAAGGGGCCGAACCGUGGGGUGAUCAUCACGAUGCUGGUUACCACCGCGGUGUGCUGCUAUCUCUUCUGGCUCAUCGCCAUCCUGGCCCAAGUAAACCCCCUGUUUGGGCCGCAGCUGAAGAACGAGACUGUCUGGUAUGUGCGCUUCCUCUGGGAGUGAGCAGUCCCCAGGAGCACCACCCUGAACAGAGACCUCCCCUGGAAUCCUUACCCCUUGUUCCAGCCCCUACCCUCCCAUACCAGUCAGCCCCCAGAGAUGCUGGGACAGAGGCUGCACCUGCUGCCCUAUCACACCCUGAGCACUGCAACUGGACCAGUAGUGGCUGGACCCCUGAGCACAGCAGGCAGCACCCCUGCCCAGGAAAAGGACCUGGUCAUCCCAGCCCUGGGAGCAGCCAUGCUACCAGGGAGAGAUUCCAUCAGCUGACCAGUGCUGCAGUGCCUGACAUUGGGCACCAUCCUGAGAGAUCUGUGUGUAGUGCCAGGGGCUCCUGUCCCUGUAGUGCUUGCCCUGUUCCCUCCACUGUGCACAGCCCUUGCUCCCCAAGUGAGGCCCCUGUUUGCAGAUCAAGCUGCCCAACUAGUUAGCAUAUUCCUGGUCAUUUCAGGCACUGCCUGCCCCUCUGUAUGAGAAUGCAGGACCCCACUGCAUACUUAUUGUGUGGUUAGUCCCUGUGGUGAGGGUUGUACGUGCUAAGAUAGAUUUCGGCUUUGAGUGUGAGAAGGAAGAGCUGAUCCUGAGGAAGGUGCUGGGGUGCCAUGGAGGCAGUUCAAGUGGGCUGUGUCUUCUGCCUCAGCUGUGAGGGUGCUGCAGUAGUGUCUAGGUACCACCACCCCUCCCUUGACCUAUGUCUAGGUUCUGAGAAGAACCAAGUACAGUGUUGUUUUUUGUAUAUUUUCCCCUUUAUUUAUCAAAUAAUUUAUGUGUAUUUAUUUAUUUGUGUUGUGGAAAUAAAUAAUUUUCCUAGUAAGUGAUGCU